AUGACUGAGGCAGAGCUGACGUCAGAGGAUGGGUGUGUGACCGGGGAGGAAGAAGGGUGUGAGAAGAUGAAGCCUGAGGAUUUUUGUGAGGAGGGAGACGAGGAAGAGGAGUUCGAAGCCGAUCCAUGUGUUGAGCCUGCAGCCUCAGAACCUGGCCCUGUGCAUGCGCUGGUUCCAGUGACGCAAGCCACGGCAGACACCACACUGAAACUGCGCAACAGCACCACAAACAAGAAAGAGUAUGACACGUUCUGCCGCCAGAUUCGCUCCAGCGGCAAGUUUCCUGUUUCUUUGUCCGACUAUUGUCAGACAAACCGACUUGAUUUAUUCAACGUUUGGUUAGACAAUGGUGGCGACUGGGACGCUACAAAGGUUCAGGUGGAGAGGACCCAGUCCCAGAAAAAUUCGACGGUCAAUGGCUGGCGUGCUGUGCAGGGUAAAGAGUUACGACCCAAAUAUACCCCGGAGAAAUUUGCCCAGCUGGUUGCCUCCAGGCGAGCAGCUGGGCUGUUCUACAAAGAUGACGAUUUUCCAGAUGAUGAAGAUGAAUGUUGGUUCUUCAUGCGUUCUGUGCAAGAGGUGAAGCAAAAAACGGAAACAGCUGAGAAGAUGCGCUUGAAAGCUUCUAAGGAAGUUAAUGCAGACCUGAGGAGCUUCUGCCUCGGCCAGCAAAGCUCUCAUGAGGUGGCUGCUGCGCCAAAGAAAGCACCGAAGCAGAAGGCUGAAAAGAUUCUGGCCUCAAGCUGGGCCGGCCAGGCAAAGGAGCGACAGGAGACUCUUUUGCAAGAUGCUGCCAAAGCUAGAACAUCUUCAAUAGCCCUUGGGUCAAUUGAGUAUGCUUCAGAGUUGUCAAAGCAGCUUCUUGAACAUGCAACCAAGUUGGAGAACUUCUACAAGAAAAUUGACCAAGCGAUCCAGCAAGAUGCCAGUGAAGGGGCUUUCAAAGCCAUCAUGAUCAAGAUUCGUGAAGGGGAUGCUUUUGGGGAAAAGGCUAAGGCUGCUGCCCAAGCCUUCUUACGAACUGCGAAGGCAAAGGGCAAGGCGAAAGCGAAGCCCAAAGCUAAGGGUUCGGCGAUUGGUGCUGCUCCAGCUGAAUCUUCCAAGCCUGGGGGUUCGCAGCAAGAUGCAGCGAACACGAACUGA